GGAGCAACCCACGACCAACAUCAGGCACUUGGAACAUUUGCGCCCUGGAGGACAGCUCGCCACUCCGCGCUGAAUAAUGAGAGGGUUUACGCUGAAUAAUGUUUGCCAGUGUGGCUUAUUCACUUCUCUCGUCUUCUUUUCUUUCAUGUCUUUUACCACCGCAGUCAGUUUCGACCUGACUGAGCUUAGGAAUAAAGUUGCGAAAAUUAAAGUGAAUCCAAGAGGCAAUCUUUGGGCUACAGGACACUUCAUGGGCAAGAAAAGCGUGAUGGACCCCCCUCUGCUGCCCUCAGCCGAGGGACAGGGCGGUGAUGCGCUGGAAGUCUCCCUACCUGCGGAGCAGAGCGCGCUCGGGGAGCUUUUCCAGGAGUUCCUGCGGGUGGCGUUGCAAGCGCAGGUGGACACACAAGCGAGCCGCUCGAAAAAUCAGGAGGGGGACUUGUUGAUGAAGAUUUUAGAAAGUUACAUCCAGAGCAGAAAGUGAUGAACGCCUGCAUUUACACGGAUCCGAGCUCAUCUACACCUCAAGGGUUCAAAUGAAUAAAUUAGUCCCACAGUCUCCUGCUCAUCAUGAUUGUAAUUUACUGUAACUGUCAUUCUUAGAGCCUAUAGCUCAUGUGCCAUCUGCAAUACACGUACAUGUCUUAUUAAUUUGUUUUAAUGAUGAUAUUUCACACUGUCUUGUCGUUUAAAGUUAUUUAUAUUGAAUAAAAUAAUUAUUUGCACUGC